UUGUCAAUGUGCUGCCAUUGAUGAGUGUCUAGCCCAUUGCCCGCAUCACGAUUCAGAAGAGCGGACCAAGUUUAUCGCGUUUCAAUUAAUCAACAGCAAGGAAAAUGAAGCAAGACAUUGGCUACCAAGCUGAACAAGAUCCAGUAAACGCCGACGCGCAGCCCACAUGGCAAGAUGAGCAGGCUGAAAGACCCCUGAACAGCCGGACCCUCAUUUGUCGAUGGCGGAGGCGCACUGCCAAUCAGGGGCCGCGUUGUCCAGAUCUCGGAACGGCUGGUUGGGAAAUCCAAGGUGAAGGCGUCUCCAAGUGGCAGCUUGGCGCGCCUGAAGCUGUUGACGAGGCCGCCAUGGCCUUUCCCAUUGAAGCUUACCUGCCGCUCUCCGGUAAAUGCGGGAGAUGGAACUGGGCGAGACCAGCCUCAUAAGGGCCCUGACCCUGAAGGCCGGUCCUCUUCGUCCUCACCUCCAUCUCCCGCUCGACGACGACCCCAAGUUCAACGACCUGAGAGUUCAGCCUGUGCUGUGCGUACGCGUUUGUGUGACCAGCCUCAGCAGUCUGCGGAACUGCCAUUGGACGGACCGUUGUCACCACGUAGCACAACACGAAAGUGGCUGUGGAUCAAUCGCCCCAUUUACGACACAAUUGGAAACCUCGCCUCAAACGGUGAGACGAACUGAGGCGCGAUCAGGCCUAGAACACGACAUACGAAGAGCUCGAAAGUCCAGUCCUCAACAGCUUCUUCUUCAGCGCCCUCGCUGCUUGCAAGCAAAGGGAAAGAAAGCUUGGCGAGAGCUGGGCCUCAUUUCACAAACGGAGCAGUUCUUCGCACGGCUCAGCGCUUGCCGGCGCCAAUUCUGUACAAACACGGUCAAGAGGCCUGCCAUUGGCCAAUGCCCUGUGGUACCCAAUCUCCUGGAAUUGGAUCCUCAAUCAGAACAAGCGCGGCAUUGUGCAUUCACUGCAUUGCGACAACCUGCGACCUCGAGUUGUUGGGCGCGCAGGCGGUGUUGGUGUUUCAGGCGCAGAGACAGACCAAGCAGCAGUCGGUGUGUUGGAGCGCCUUGACGUGGUGCUAAUAGCAAGCCACCACCAGAUCACACGCGUCUGUUAGUGUCAGCUCCGGCGCUUCCACAGCCAGUCCGUGUAAGCGCCCAGGGACUCACUCCAGCCAGUCCUCCAAGCAUCGACAGCCAACGAGCAGCACGCAUCGCUUGCGUUGGGCGCUUCGAG